AUAUACUUAGGGAUGAUAUCAUCCGAGGGAAUAGCAUACUAAUUAAUUAUUUUGGCGUAAAGUAAGGACAUCAUCAAUAAUCAUAGAGACCAAUCAUUAUGAUUAUGAAUAUAUAUGGUAUCUAAUUGAUUUGAUUUGAGAAACGGGUAAACUGACCUAAAUAUAUUAACAAAGAAUUAAGUACCCAUUAAUUGGAAGAUUACAGGUUGAUCCCAUUUUUGCAGCUAUAAAUAGAAUAUAAACUAGCUACUAAAAAUCAAGAACCAGCAAAAGAUGGCAUCUUUUUCUCACAAUCUCUCAAUCUUCUUUUCUUUCUUUGUAGCUCUAAUCUCCAUCACAAACGUAAAUGGAGAUUUAAUAGACACUGUUUGUGCUAAGACUCUUCUUCCUCCUUUGUGCCAGAAAACCCUAAGAUCAGACCCUCGUUCCAAGACAGCUGACCUUAAAGGGUUAGGGUUCAUCUCCAUUGAUAUCACCACAAAGCAGGCUAAUUCAGGAAAGGCCCUCGUCCAGUCCCUUCUGAACGGGGCCGUUGACCAGAAAGUAAAGUCAGCGCUGUCUUCUUGCUUGGAGAACUAUGGGGACUCCAUUGAUACUCUUGGGGAGUGCUCAGAUGCUUUGAAGUCUGGAGAUUAUGGAGGUUUAAAUAUCAAAGCUUCUUCUGCAUUGGAUAGUUUUGGGACUUGUGAUGAUGGGUUUUCUGAUUUCUCUAAGCCUGAGCCUCCUCAACUGAAAGAUGCCAGUUCUAAUUUGCAAGGAAUUUGCGAUGUUAUUUUGGUUAUUAGCAAUCUUUUGAAGGGGUAAAGAGAAAUUAUUUAAUUAAUAGUGAUUACUUUGCUUUCCGAUAUAUUAUGUCAAGUUUUAGGAAGUGGGUGUAGUUUGAGAAGGCAAUAACGUUUUAGUGAUGUCCCAAUCAAUAAAUUUUGCAUGCAUGUGAGAUUAUUGCCAUUAUUAUAAUGAAUUAAUGGGAAGUAUUAGAGAGAUUUGCAAUUUUCAUUAUUAGUCAUUAGUCAUGUAUCCUUAGUCACUUGCAAAUUUGAUCCUGUGAUUAAUAUGUACGGAGUAUUUGCGAUUUAAGGACAUUUUUCUGGAAAAUCACACUUUAUGGCAAAAAUAUGUCGGAAAAGAUACCGCUGGCAUUAAAUUUUCUGCCGAAAAGUAUAUUUUUCUGGGAAAGUAUUCUCAAAUCG